AUGAGAAACGUUCUAUCGAGUGUUUGCUUUUCCACGGGUAUAUUGCACGCCUGUAGUGCUAUACCGAUUCCGUACGUGCGUACAGGACAACACGAUGCAGUGAUAAUCGGGGUGCUAGCAUGCCUUGGCCUUGGCUCAUUCAUUAUGGGAUUUUGUAUUUUCUGCAAAAAGAAAAGUGGAAAGUUUAAGAAAUUUAAAGAUGGAGACAUCAUCCAAGAAGUUAUCGCAACGGAGUAUCCCAUAUUGAAGGCCUUGAAUGCGUUGGAUUCCUCCGUGCCGUGUGCGGUGGUGCCGUCGAGUCCUAAUAAUCUUUCGACCGACAACCUGCUCGAUAAGAUCGAAACUUAUCAGAUCGACGUAGAUCAUCGGCAUGAUUCGUACUGCACCCGUCGCAGUGACCCGCUGACCUGCACGUACGAUGAGUUUGAUCCCAACGACGAGUCGGAUGAAAGGACGGAAAGGACCGCAACCACCGCGACAGUUGAACCGGCGGUUGGAGACGAACCGCUGCUCUUUUCGGAUCUGUUCGAUGAAUCCAUGGAGCGCAGCGACAAGUGCAACCUGAUGGCGAUUUCCGUCGCGUUACCUACAUCGUCGGGCGAGGAAGAUGACGAAGGCCUGGCGGCACCUCGUUCGGACGCCGAAGACGAGGACGAACGGCGCCCCUUGGUCAGCGAUGAAAGCAUUGACGAGGCUGCUGCAACGACCGCAACGACGAUCACGGUCACGGCAACGAUGGCACAGUCGGCUGAUGCCAUCAGCAUCGAGGAAGCACUGCGUGCGCUGGAUAUCGCAAUCGAAGGCGAGGAGGACGAAGACGAUGACGAGGGACAGUCGACGCCGCUGAACGAGAGCGACGAGUCUUCGUCGCCGUCUAUCUACUCCGAGCCACCAUCGGACACGGUGCUUAGACGGCAGGACGUGGAAGAGCAAGCAGCUGAGCUGGUGGACGACGUGCUGUACAAGUGCCAGUACAUGCUGCAGAUGAUGGACGCUAAUGGCAGUAACCUCUCACCACUGGAAGCGGAAGAGUUUUCGCCCACCAACUCCCGAGGGAACAUAUUCGACGGUUGGGGUAACCUUGAGCUGGACGGCAACGUGUCCUUCAUCGCGGAGGAUAACGAUAACGAUGACUGGUGGAAAGGAUCAUUGGAACCGUUCGGUGGGGAAGAUGACGGGUGGAAUCGUGCCGGCAACGAUCCCUUCCAAGAUGAUCACGCGUAUGAUCUUCUGCGUCAACAGCUGACCCAAUUGCUUCCGCAGGGCAAUGAUUGUGCCGGCGGAGCUAUCCGUGCCGCUAAUGAUGAUCAGGCCCUUAGCGGUAGCCCGAAAGUAUUUGAUAACGGUGGUGGUACAAAUGAUUUUGAGCGGCCCGAAAGGGAGUCGGAGGAGAACGAAAUCAUUAUCAAUUACAACCGAUCGUUAUCGCCCAUCAUGGAGGAAAACGAGGACGACUGCAGUUUACCACCGUCAACUAGCGUUGCGCACUGUUCCAACAUUAUUGAGAGUACAAUAAUAAGCACCGAGGGACCCGUAGUAUGCGAAGCGACGGAAUCCGUGCCAGCACUUGCCAGGAAAAGCUCUCUAACUGCGUCCAACGACACGCUGUUCAAUCUGGAAGACGUGCUCGAGGAUCGCUGCAUGACGCCACAGGACGAUACAUUCCCGGUGAGCAGUAACGCAUCGCCACGGACUAUGCUGGUCGAGACCAACGGGGAUGCUAGCGGGCUAGAUAAAUUAUACACCUUCUCAUCACGGCUCAUGCCAUCGACUGUGAUGCCCUCGUUAAGCGGCGGCAGUUAUGACGAUCACUUACUUCAUCAUCAUCACCACCAGCGGCAUCACGUACUACUCUCGUCCCUCUGCCUGGAGGAUCUGGACGUCGGCGAUAUCAUGGAAUCGCCACCACCGCCGCCACCCCUGCCGUCCGCCGUCAAUGUAAGUGGGGGCAGUGGCAGCGCUGGCGGCACUACCGGUGGACUACUCAUGGCCGAAACGAAGCAAGAUCUUCCCUCAUCGGCCUAAAACAGUGCCACUGAACUG